UGUUUGGUACCCCCAGCCCCACCGCUGUUGCUGCUGCUGCAGCCGGGACACAGACACCCCCAGUUUCCUUGCCCUGGUGGCCCAGGGCCUCUCCAAGCCCCCACCAUCCUGGAGACAGCCACAUUCUCCUAAACGCCACCCCCCAAGUCUCCGUGGGCCUGGGGAGCCGCAGGAUGGCGGCAGGCGUGGCCACGUGGUUGCCCUUUGCACGGGCGGCCGCUGUGGGCUGGCUGCCCCUUGCCCAGCAGCCCCUGCCCCCAGCGCCAGGGGUGAAGGCAUCUCGAGGGGAUGAGGUUCUGGUGGUGAACGUCAGCGGCCGGCGCUUCGAGACCUGGAAGAACACACUGGAUCGCUACCCAGACACGUUGCUGGGCAGUUCUGAGAAGGAGUUCUUCUAUGACGCGGACUCUGGCGAGUAUUUCUUUGAUCGCGACCCGGAUAUGUUCCGGCACGUGCUGAACUUCUACCGAACUGGCCGGCUACACUGCCCACGCCAGGAAUGCAUCCAGGCCUUCGACGAAGAGCUGGCCUUCUAUGGCCUGGUCCCCGAGCUUGUGGGCGACUGCUGCCUUGAAGAGUACCGGGACCGCAAAAAGGAGAAUGCUGAGCGCCUGGCUGAAGACGAGGAGGCUGAGCAGGCUGGGGAUGGGCCUGCCCUGCCAGCAGGCAGCUCCCUGCGGCAACGGCUCUGGAGGGCCUUCGAGAACCCACACACUAGCACUGCAGCGCUGGUUUUCUACUAUGUGACUGGCUUUUUCAUCGCAGUGUCGGUCAUCGCCAAUGUGGUGGAGACCAUCCCGUGCCGCGGCCCUGCACGGCGGCCACCAAGGGAGCAGCCCUGUGGUGACCGCUUUCCGACAGCCUUUUUCUGCAUGGACACGGCCUGUGUACUCAUAUUCACGGGAGAAUACCUCCUGAGGCUUUUUGCUGCCCCUAGCCGUUGCCGCUUCCUGCGGAGUGUCAUGAGCCUCAUCGAUGUGGUGGCCAUUCUGCCCUAUUACAUUGGGCUUUUUGUGCCCAAGAACGAUGAUGUCUCGGGUGCAUUUGUCACCCUGCGUGUGUUCCGUGUUUUCCGCAUUUUCAAGUUCUCCAGGCACUCCCAGGGUUUGCGGAUUCUGGGCUACACACUCAAGAGCUGUGCCUCUGAGCUGGGCUUUCUCCUCUUUUCCCUCACCAUGGCCAUCAUCAUCUUUGCCACUGUCAUGUUCUAUGCUGAGAAGGGCACCAGCAAGACCAACUUUACCAGCAUCCCUGCGGCCUUCUGGUAUACCAUUGUCACCAUGACCACACUUGGCUAUGGAGAUAUGGUGCCCAGCACCAUUGCUGGCAAGAUUUUUGGGUCCAUCUGCUCACUCAGUGGUGUCUUGGUCAUUGCCCUGCCUGUGCCAGUAAUUGUGUCCAACUUUAGCCGCAUCUACCACCAGAACCAACGUGCUGACAAGCGCCGAGCGCAGCAGAAGGUGCGCUUGGCAAGGAUCCGGUUGGCAAAGAGUGGAACCACCAACGCCUUCCUGCAGUACAAGCAGAAUGGGGGACUUGAGGACAGCGGCAGUGGGGAGGGACAGGCGCUGUGUAUCAGGAACCGUUCUGCUUUUGAGCAGCAACAUCACCAUUUGCUACACUGUCUAGAGAAGACAACGUGCCAUGAGUUCACAGAUGAACUGACAUUUAGUGAGGCCCUGGGAGCAGUCUCAUUGGGUGGCCGCACCAGCUGUAGCACCUCUGUGUCCUCCCAACCAGUGGGGCCUGGCAGUCUGCUAUCAUCUUGUUGCCCACGCAGGGCCAAGCGCCGUGCCAUCCGCCUUGCCAACUCCACCGCCUCAGUUAGUCGUGGCAGCAUGCAGGAGCUGGAUACGCUGGCAGGGCUGCGGAGGAGCCCUGCCCCUCAGAGCCGCUCAAGCCUCAAUGCCAAGCCCCAUGACAGCCUUGACCUGAACUGUGACAGCCGGGACUUUGUGGCCGCCAUUAUCAGUAUCCCCACCCCUCCUGCCAAUACACCAGAUGAGAGCCAACCUUCCUCCCCUGGUGGUGGUGGUGGCGGCAGGGCCAGCAGUAACCUCAGGAACUCCAGCGUGGAUACCCCCUGCCUCCUCCCUGAGACUGUCAAGAUUUCUUCCCUGUGAAGUAUGGGCCUGCUCAUUCAGAGGGCCCUAUUUUUUCUUGGGGGAGUCCUUUCCAAAGCCAUAUUUUGGGGAGGCAGAGAGGGACAGGCCUGGGGACCCCUUCUGCCCCCUUCUGAGAACUAUGCAAUUAGGUUUUAUGGAAUGGCCCACUUGGGAAUGGGAGACUUGCCCUCUCCCAGUCUUCUUGGUGGGAGCACUGGGCUUCCACAGGCCUUCCACAGGCCUCCAGCCUCCUUGCUCCAACACACACUGGGACCGGCCCCCCUCCUCUAGCUGGUCUCCUGCAUGCUCCUCCCCAUGGGUCUUUGGAGGUAGGUAAAGUUCCUGUCUAAUAUCUGAGCUCUGGCUUGACAAAGAUUUUGAGAUUUCAUCUUCUCUCUGACUGGUCUGUAGAGGUUUGGGGGUUCAGAGAAGGAAACCCUCACUCCUGAUCUGACCUCUAGGAGAGGUCCUUUCUCUCUACCAGGCCCAACAGUUCCCCAAUUCUGAAGCUUGGAAUGUAACCAUGGGCUUUGUGAGCUGUGGCCUCAGCAGUGACCUGUCACCCCCUGGCCCCCGGUUGAGGGGUCAGGCUGCCUCUCCCAACAUACAGAUAGCACAAACACCACUGCAACUUCCCUGGCUGCUGGAAAUGGGUCCCUGCCAUCCUGUCCUCUGUUGGAUCCUCAGCAAAUUCUAGCAAUAGCAGCUGCUGCCAUGAUGAUAUGCAAAGCCUCUUACCAGUUUGCUGCAGCAUUUACAUCUGCCCUGAUCAGAUGGGCCACCUCUAACUAGUACUCCUCUCUUCUCUGGUUUGCUUCCUUCCUGGGUUGGGCUAAAGUCUGGACUGGCUGAGAUAAGAACCCGGCAGCUAGCAAGAGCUGGGCUGCAUUUGGUGAUCAUGGACCAAUUCCAUGUUCUUGGGGAGGAGUCCAGAAGCAUCAGGGGCUGAGACCUGGGUUGUUCUGAACUCUGGGAGGUGUAGGAGGCAGGAGGAAAUUCCUAACCACCUCCUCCUCCCUCGUAACUCCUUUUCAUAUAUUCUUCUCUCUUUUCCCUCUUGGGUCACCUUCCAGAACUCUACUCUCAGGCUGAAAUCUGGCAUCAUCUCAGGUUCCCUGUCCCCAGUACUGUCCCUGUGGAGCUGGUGGCUGACAAAGAUGUAGUUUCCAUCAGUCAAUAAAACCUGAGAGGAG